AUGCGGGUGCGGCAUCUGCAGACGCUCCUUGUGGAUCACAAAUUGAUUAACUCCGAUGCGGUCAGUGCCCUCGGGAAUCUCCGAGUAGGCAUAGAUGUUGUCUAUUGGCUUAGGUCAAUACAGUCCCUCAAGGACGCUUUCGCAGAUGCGAUCGGUGGCAUACCACCUGGGAUCUUCUUCUUCGUGGACAAGGAGCUGGAGUGGUAUACGAAGUGUGGCAUCACGCCUGUCUUUGUGUUUCAGGGGGUUUCGCUGGGUCCCCCGCAGGCCGCAUCCGCAGUCAGAAUGGACCAACAGAUGGACAUGGCGUGGACGUACCUGAAGCAAGGUUAUAAGAGCGAGGCUCAGAAGUGCUUCGCCGUGUCGACAAGCCGGAUCAACAGCGAUUUCGUCUAUUUGAUUUUCCACCACUUGAAGCAGAGGGGUUGCGAAGUCUUGCAGGCGCCGUACCUCGCUGGGGCGCAGCUGGCCCACUUUGCACAGCAGAGGUGCGUGGAUAUGGUGUAUGGUCCCCCCGGCCUGCUGCUUUACGGCAUCCCGCAGGUCAUUGUUGCUGUAGACUGGGGGAAGGGCCGAUUCGACUGGGUGUCGCUGGAGGCGGUCCUGACCAAGUGGACCCUCACCAAGGACCAGUUCAUCGACGUCUGCUUGCUAGCCGGCACGGAGCACUGCUUGACUUAUCCCUACCUCACGCAGGUGUCUCAGGGAUCCAGUUGCCGCUUCAGUUUGGAUGCAGCCAUCCAGUUAGUCAAACAGGCUCCGCUGAUGCAGUGGAUGGCCAACUUCCCAAAUGACCAAAUGAGGGAGGAGCACAUUGAGAGCUAUAGUAUCAGCAAGGUUCUCGUGAAUAGCGCCCCCAUCCUUCACGUGCGAGACGCUUGUAUUCGCCCUCUUGACGAGGCUCAGUGGCCCGGGCAAGAUCUAGACAGAGGUGGUCGGAAAGGCAUGGUCCCUCGCGAUUUCAGCGACAUUGUAGGGCAAAUGCUUCCAGACAAGCUGUACUUCUUGAUGGUGCAGGGUAUCAUCUCGUCCAAGCUCCCCCAAGCGCUGGCUAAGGGCGAGUGGCUUGACAAGUCGCAGCCGUUCGUGGACACGGCCGAGCUUCGCGGCCUCAUCACAGACCUGUCCGAAUACAGGCAGGUCGCACUCGGACUCGUGGCGAGGCACCUGCACGCCUCCUACACGAAGAAGAGCAUCAGGUGCAACGCCUUCUGGGAGCCGCCCUGGGGACAGGCAGGCGAGGGCUCUGCACUCAGGUCCAUCCAGCCGAAGAAGCUGAAGGCGACGCUGCGCUGGCGGUUCUGCACAGAAGACGUCGACCUCAAGUUCUGCCUCAGGUGGCACGCGCACGAGCACACCAAGGACGGGCAGUUCGUCAAGAAUCUUACGAAGUUCGGCGAGUCCCAGAUCGCACCAGAUUUGCUUUCACUGUCAGCCUUGGUGCAUUUUAUGCUUCUGGAGCACCUGGAGUUGAUUGGCGACGACGGUGGAAUCACUCACCUGGGCGAUGUCCUCAAGGACAGCCCGACGUCGUUUCAGGAGCCGGUGCUGGUGGCCAUGGAGCUCAUGAAGUUCGGAUUGCUGACGGCAGAGCCCUUCGAGCCCGGGCAGCCGGACAUGCCGUUCCCAGAGCAGCUGCAGUUAAAAAACCAUAGCUGGAAUGCGAAUGUCGUUUUCGACCUGGCCGCGUUCCACUGCUUCCUGAAGGUUCUCAGGCGAACACUGAGGCAGAUGACGGAGGCGGUGCUCACCUCGAUCCUGCUGAAGGACAUCAGCCUCGUGAGUCUGCUGCCGAGUGGGUUCCUGUGUGCGACACCUCGCCGCGGAGACCCCGUGCAGACGCCCGCCGUUCUCCCAACGUUCAUGGUGCCGCGUGCGUGCAUGGGUGUGGUUGCACUGUAUCCGGCUGCCUGCGGCAAGGGGGCGCACGAGUUUGAGUCCGACCUCGCCGAGAAUUUCCCAUGCUGUGCGCAUCCUCUGGCCGACCUCAAGCUGGCGAUCCUCUUCUGGGAGGACCUGCGGCGCUGCGUGGACGGCAUCGCCGAGCCGCUCGGGGCAACGGAGCUGGCCGAGGACGUGAAGGUCGCGAGCAAGAUGCUGCUGGAUCAGCAGCGGCGCCUACACGUGUUCCCCGACCAGGGCGACGUGAGCGCGGCUCGCGGCGAGGGCCCGGCGGUGGGCCCCGCGAGGCCCCAGCAGGCGCCGGGGCACGCCCAGCGCGGGCAGCAGGGCGGGGCGCACCACACCCAGGCAGGCGGGUGCCCGCAGGGCAGUGGCGGCCAGCACGGAGGCUGCGGGCAGCGCAGCGGCGGCCCGCAGCAGCACGGCGCCCCGCACCCCGGCGGCGCCGGCCGCGGGCCGCGCGGCGGCCGCGGCAGACAGCAGCACGUCGGCGGCCAGCAGCACGGCGGCGGCCCGCCGCACGGGGACGUUGGUGGCGGCGGUCACCCGCAGCAUGGCCAGGCGGUCUUCGCCGGCUGCGGCGGGCACCAGCCAGGCGGCUGUCCUCCACGCGGCGGCGGGUGGGGCGGCUGA